CAAAAACAAAGCGCAGAUGUGAAUUUUAAUCUAUCGCUAUUUGCUAGUGUUUGUGUAUUCCUUUUAAUAUGAUUACAGACUUGGGUACUGAAGAUUUUCUUGCAUAGAAAAAUAUGCGGAACAGAAUGUGUCAGUACAUCACAGCAGAAAAUCUGAAAUUUUUAGGUAAACCCAAGGAAGAAAAAAAAAAGUGCUAAAUGAGAAGGGUAAAGAAAAAGCAAAAAAAAAAAAAAAAAAAAAAAAAGAGCAGUAAAAACCAAAAAGCAGUUUCGAAUGUGGAUUGAAGGUAUAUAUAUAUAUAUAUGUAACAGCAUAGUUGUUUGAUUUGGGGGUGAAUGGAAGUGAAAAGUAUAAACGUGAAAGAAGAAAGAGAAGAAUUUAUUUAAAGAGAAAAAAAAAAAAAAAAAAAAAAGAAGAAACGGCAGGUGCUGAAGAAAUUGCAGAAUCUGGCAGAGCCUGCUCCUGUCUGCACUUUUUUUUCUGCUGCCUAUAUAUGUCACUCUCUUUCUUUUGCGUUGUUCAAUCCUAAUAUUAAUUCUCAGGACUAGAAGAGGCUCCAGAUAUGGGAGUGGAAGGAGCGUCCUCAAAACUGAAAAGGGUAGCCAGGAAAAUGGUGGUUGCUGCAUGCGCCUCCUUCUCCUCUAGAAAGCCAUCUGCUCUUGUGGAUCCCCUUUCCGUGGACUCUUCUGUAAAUGGGUCUGAUUCUACAGCACUGUCUCCCUCAAAGCCAAAGAAUAGCUCAGAGGAAGCAGAAUCCACCACCAUCAACAAUGACCACGCCGUUGCUUCUAAGCAGAACUUAUGCGCAAUAUGCCUCGAAGCUCUGACUUACAGCAGCGGAAACAGCCCAGGCCAGGCUAUAUUUACCGCCCAGUGCUCUCAUGCUUUUCACUUCGCCUGCAUCUCAUCCAACGUACGCCAUGGUAGUGUCACCUGUCCCAUCUGCCGUGCCCAUUGGACCCAACUUCCUCGCAACUUAAACCCACCUUGUUCGCUGUCUUGCAACCAAAAUGACCCCAUUUUCAGAAUCCUUGAUGACUCCAUUGCCACUUUCCGGGUCCACAGACGCUCCUUCCUGCGCUCUGCCCGUUAUAAUGAUGAUGACCCCAUAGAGCCUGACGAUACCUCCAACCAUACACGCCUCAACUUCUCUCUGGUGCCCAUCCAACCAACACUCUUUCAUCAUCCAUGCACUCAAGCCACCGGAUGCGGCUCACACUAUCAUAACGCCCACCACUUAACAGGCUUCUCCCCUUCAUUGUUUGUAUACCCACCAACUUCUUAUACGUGCUCCUCCUCAAAUAGGAGACCAGCUGUCUACCUCUCUGUAAAGUCAACAAAUCAAAAAGCAAUAGACUUAGUUCUGGUUGCAAGUCCCAACGGACCACAUUUGAGGCUUGUCAAACAGUCCAUGGCAUUGGUGGUAUUCUCCCUACGCCCUGUCGAUCGUUUGGCUGUUGUGACUUAUUCUUCAUCUGCUGCCCGCGUAUUUCCAUUGAGACGCAUGACAUCCUAUGGUAAGCGAACAGCCCUCCAAGUAAUUGACCGUCUUUUCUUCACGGGGCAAGCAGAUCCGACCGAAGGCCUCAAGAAAGGUAUAAAGAUACUUGAAGAUCGGGCACACAAGAAUCCAAGUUCCUGUAUCUUGCAUCUCUCUGAUAGUCCGACAAGAUCAUACCAUGCCAUCAACAUGCAAUUUCCCAUUCCAAUCCAUCGGUUUCAUGUGGGAUUCGGCUUUGGCACUUCCAAUGGAUUUGUCAUGCAUGAGUUUGAAGAGUUCUUGAUGAGACUGCUUGGAGGUGUAAUCAGAGAUGUGCAAUUGAGAAUUGGAGAGGAAGGCACGAUAAUAAGGCUUGGAGAGCUACGAGCAAAUGAAGAAAGGAGAAUUUUAUUAGACUCGGGCGACUCUGGACAUGUUUGCGUAGGAUAUAGCUAUAUUGAGAGCGGAGUUGAUGAGUGCACCAGAACGGGAGAAACAGUGGUUAGGUUAAGGGAUAAAAGGGAAGUACAAGAUCCUAACGUAGAUGCUGCAGUUGCAGGGAGGGAUUCCAACAUAAUUGGUGGAAGGACUAGCAGCGUUGAGAGCUGGGAUUACCAUGAUCCUUACAUGGCUAGAAGAUGGGCCAAACAUUUGCAUGGCUAUAGGCUUUGAAUUAAGCAAUGAAACACCAUACAAAUAUAAAUCAAUCAGAUCCACCAAAGGAUACCAGUCAUUCUGUGUGAGCUUCCUAAUGAUUGAACAAGCAGUUGCGCUUAAAGUGCGGGAAAAAUAUAUAUAAAUAUGUGCCAAUGAGAGUGCUUUAACAAGAUUUAUUGAUGCAGCUAAGGACUUGUAAAAUCACAUUUCAUCCUUUAAUGCAUACAUCCAUUGCAACUUCGUAGCA